CAUGAAAAAUAUUGACGUUUUAAAUAUAAGUAUAGAAUUAAGUAUUAAUUGUCAUUUUCUCUGUUAUCAUUGUUUUCGUUUGAGCCCAAAUUGUAAACAUAUUUUUUCCUGUAGCCUAUCGAUUCUAUCUGGGAUCGAUGAAUUUCGAUCUGUGCUCUACUAGUUAGGUCCGAGAAGCGGGAUUGUUUGGUACACUUUGCCGGCGUGCUAGCAGAUGCUAGCACAUGCUAACGCUUACGUGUUCUGCUUCAGUGAAACACUUAAAAGUUAUAGUUUUUUGUUGUUGGUUCUGCUUAAUAGCUACUUUUAACUUAAGGAAACACCAGCAACUGCGUUUAAUAAACAAAAAUCAGGAAAACGCAGUUCGAAGAGAGAAAGACGGGAACUGUAUUCAACAUCAUGACAGAUAAUAGAGCUGGAGAAGCAGGUGAACGGCGAUCCAAGACGAGGCUGUCCCUGUCCAAAAGUAAGAAGAAGGGUGGCGUUAAAGCUGGGACCCCGACCAAAGCCACCAUCACAUCGUUCUUCGUCAGUCAGCCUCCACCCAAGCUGGCUUGCCCCCUGUGUGGGAAGAUGGUACAUCGGUUCAAAAUGAACGAGCACAUUGACUUGGAGUGCCAGAACUUCCAGAGCGGAGACAGCAUUGGUUUCACCUCAGGAAGUAGCAGUGCUCAGCUGUCCUCUCAAAGAAACUCUGAUCGAGCUGUGGACCAAAAAGGAGAAGAGACAAACACUAGCCCUUAUUUUAAGAAGGGUGAAGAAGGUCACCAGGAAGCACGAGAAAUUAAAAGCAAGACUGUGGUGAGAACCAUUGAUUUGGGGAGUCUAUCUUCUAAAUUAUCCAAACAUUGCAACAAGACACCGGAGAAAACACACACAGAGGAUAAAAACACCUUACAAGAGGUUUAUUCUUCUGAAACACUUUGUGGCUCCCAGAAAGAAAAUGCUUUGAUUAAUGAAUCAAACAACAAGAAAGACCUUUUUACUAUGAGUUCAGACACCAGGACACCAGAGAACAAUCCAUCAUCUUCAAAAGGACCCUUUUCUAAAUCCCAGCCACUGAAAACAGACUCCAGUCAAACAUUAGUUACCCCUAACUCAAAACAGGCUAAACGAAAAAAAGAAGAAACCCUCAGUGUCAGACUGUCUAGUUACAAAAAGAAGGUUAAAUAUGAAGGUCAGAGUGAAGAACCAAAUACAAAGUCUUGUGAUGUUACAACUAAGACAACAGACAUGAAGGAGCAGGAAGCAGAGUGGUCCUCUGUUGCUUCUGAAGAGAAGAACAUUGAAGGUACAUCAGUACCAGAGACGGCUGCUGCUGCUGCUGCUGCUGCUGCAGACCAGAGCUCUGACGCUCCACCUCUUCCCUACUACCUGCGUAACUUCCAGACUGUUCUGCAUGCUGUGCUGGAAAACGAGGACGACAGGGAAUUAUUCAACCAGGAUGACAUGAUGAUUAUAAAUACAUUUAAUAAACUUUCAGUUGCUGGUCAGAAGCUUUAUGUGAGACUAUUUCAGAGAAAACUCAAAUGGCUCCAAGUAAAUAAAUUAGAAUAUGCAGAGAUAAGCAGUGAUCUGGGUCCUAUUGCACAAGAACUGGCUCAAAGUGGGUUUCUACAGACUGAAUAUGAUCUUGAGGAUUUGGAGGAGGCUCUGGAUCUUCUACCAGCUCCUGAACUCAAAACUCUUGCUAAAACUUUCCAUUUGGCCAGUUCCGGGACUCAAAAACAGCAGUUAGUUGAUGGACUUCUGCGGCUAAGCAAGCAGAAGUCCUUUUUCUCUUUGGCCUCUUCUCAAAACAAAGUUGGAGAUGUCAUCUUGAAAAGGUCAAAGAAGCUGGCAGGUUCCUGUGUGCGUCUGUCUCGUGGUCCUCGGGCCGUCUUCUCUCGCGUCCUUUUGCUCUUUUCUUUGACGGAGGCCAUGGAUGAGGAGGAGAUGGCAGCUGGAGGACAGAACCAGCUUUUUACCAUCCUUUUAGUCAAUACAGGACGCCUCGCCUUCCCAGACUACACUGUGCACCGAGUAGCUAAAGUGUUUCAGGAUAGAGAGGAUCUUAUCAGAUAUGAAUCAGCCAUGCGAUCCCUUCUGGAGAUGACUGGAGUUAUGCAGGGGGGUCAGUGGGAAGUGGCUCUUGAGCUUUACACUGCAGCCAAACGAAACUGGGAGGUAUUGAGGAAAAACCAAGACUUCAGGCAUCAUGAAGAACUGCCUGUGUUCCUGCGCAGUUUCACCACAGGAUGGGCCUACACUCGUAUCCUAUCCAGGGGGGUGGAGAUAUUACAGAGACUCCGCCGCUAUGAGGAUGCAGUGGAAGAACUGCAGUUUUUACUACAGCAGACUGUUUACUGCGUCGACAGCCGCGGUCGAUGGUGGGACAGAAUGGCGCUCAAUCUGCACCAGCACCUCAAAAAAACCAAAAAAGCUAUAUCAGCUAUAAAAGAUGGGCUAUCAGACCCCUUAGUGCGCACAGGACAUAAACUGUCCCUUCACCAAAGAGCUGUUAGGAUGAAGGAGUCAGCCAGUUGCAAGAAAUACUGCCUGUUACUCAGGGACCUGCCCACUAUUCAAGUCCAAGAUGUCAAGCACGUAACUAUUAGAGGCCAGCUGUUUCCUCAUGAGGGUGGAAUGGGGAAAUCUAGGUUUCUUUUACCAGCAAAUGAAGAAGGCGAGGAAAAUGCUCACACUACUGUGAUAUGCUCAGUGGAAGAGCUGUCUUUGGCACAUUAUCGAAAACAAGGGUUUGAUCAGGGAAUCCACGGGGAAGGCUCAACAUUCUCCACCUUGUUUGCUCUUCUCAUGUGGGAAAUUGUUUUUAUGGAGGGUAUUACAGAUGUUUUUCGAAAUCCCUAUCAGACAUGUCCUCUGGAUCUUUACACUGACUGCUUCUAUGAAAACAGAAAGAACGCCAUCACCUGCCGUGUUCAGUUACUUCGUGAAGCUUCUGUGGAAACACUGUGUAGCAUGUUGGAAAAUGUCUGGACUUCCCAGGAGGGUAAAGUGUGCUCAUUGGUCAGCUGGGAACGCUUCUCAUCCCUACAGCAGGCCCAGUCUCUGGUGGCAUGCUUUGGAGGAGUUUUCUUGAGUGGCAUAGUUGAGCGUAUGGCAAAAGAUUACAGACACUGCCGUGGAGGUUUGCCUGAUCUUGUGGUUUGGAAUACUUCAAACAACACAUACAAACUCGUGGAGGUAAAGGGACCCAAUGACCGGCUGUCUCAGAAGCAGCAGAUCUGGCUGGAUGAGCUUCAGAAACUGGGAGCUGAUGUGGAGGUGUGUCAUGUGACAGCUACUGGAGCCAGGGGGGAUCGCCUGGAGUAAACAAGGAAGCCUGAAUGUCUGGGGGAAGUUUGAGGCUCACUCAUCAGCCAAAAAAAAAAACUAAGGGGAAAUGAAAAAUACCUCUAGAAGAAAUGUGAUGGCCAUUUCUUUUGAGCAGUCUAUCCAUAAACCUUGAGGAACUUGGUUCUUUUCACACCAGCAAAUAUCCCAUUUGUUCUGUAGCUUUGAAUCAUUGUAAAAAGAGAUGACAAACUCUUUGGGAGAGCUUUGAAUGCAUUUUUUGGACACGUGAAAUGCAGUAUUUGGUGAUAUGUGACAUCAUCAGCACAAAAUUUACUCUUAGUAUAAAUGGACCUUGUACGACAGUAUCACAGAAACAACAUUGAACAACAUCAGCUUUCUUUUCCAAAUAUCAAGAGUUUUAAAAGGAAUUUGAUUCAUGAAACCACCAUUUAUACCUAGCAGGGAUAAAUUAUCCUUGCCAAAUCUAUAUUUAAAGGAUCUUGAGUAACCAAGCAACUGAAACUAAGAUUUGCAAAGCUGAUUGGAAAUACAAGGCAAACAGUAGAGAUGUAAAAUUGCUACUUUCACAUUUUUGUGAACAUAAUUAAGAACAGGCAUUUUAUUUCCACAAGACACAAGGUAUGAAAUAAGAUAUAUUUUUAAAAUUUCAUUUUUGCAGAUUUGCUGGCAGAAGCCAAUUGACUUUAAAUUUUUUUAAAUCAAAUGUACACUACACUUUCCAAAAAAGUUGAUAUGUCCAACACCUGUGUUUAGACUUCUAAAGACACAUUAAAAAUGCUUGUCAUAAUUUCUUGUAAAUAUAAUGGCAAUAAAUUAUUGGUCGCAAUUAUAAAAAACACUUUAUUGAAAGAAAUGUGUCAUAGUACAAGACAAAGCUGUUUGUGGAAGAUGUUUGUUCGCUAAGUGUUGUAAAUCAUUGUAGAAACACUCAAUGAUCAGCUUUAGUUUUAUUGAUAUUCACUUAAAGACUUUUUAUUAUUACAUGCUAUAUUUAAAAAUAAAAAGACAUAUUUUGUUU